ACUUGCAAAUGUAGUGUCAAAAAAAUUCACAACAAACUCAACAAGUCGCACAUAUCUUGAGAAAUAAAUAAAAUUUGAUGAAAAUACACCAUGUUAAAGAUCAACACUAAGCAGGUGUAUACCUCAGUGGCUUGCAACCGAACCCCAGAAAUUGUAGACUGGAAUAAAGCGGGAGUUAUUUGUUAUGGAGCCUGUAAUGCGAUCGUCAUUUAUGAUACGAAAAUAAUAUACAAAGAUCCUAUAACAGUUCUGAAUCAUCACAAUGCUCGAGUUAACUCCGUAAAAUGGCUCACAAGACCAGAUGGUUCUUGUACGGAGAUGAUAUCAGCAUCUGCAGAUAAAACAGCAGCAAUCUGGACCCUGGUGAAGGGAGACUGGAAGGUGACUAGUGUGCUCGCUGGCCAUGAGGAUGGUGUUACUUGCAUCUUCGGGAUGUACACAGGCGGCAAUGAUCUGUUUGUGUUCACUGCAUCUGUUGAUUCCACUGUUAAAGUAUGGGAGCGAUCAAAUGAUACAGUGUUCCUGAAGCAAACUAUACACCUCAACUCUGGGCUCUGCCUCACGCUACAUGCACAAAUGCUGCCCAUCGUCAGCAAACCGGUGCUGUUCCUGGGCCUCGAUGAUAAUAAAGUACAUGUGUUUGCUUUGAAUGGAGAAUAUCAUCGAGUGGAUACCCUGUUGGGCCACGAAGAUUGGGUGAGAGGACUGGAUACGGUGAUGGAUGACAACACAAUCCUCCUUGCCUCAUGCUCUCAAGACACAUACAUUCGCGUGUGGCGCAUCCAGCGCUUCGACGACGAGCCGUGCUCCUCCACGGGCAUCAAGGUGGAACGGAAGGUGUUCGAAGCUUAUGAUAUACUGUGGUCGGUGAAGCUGGAAGCAGUUCUGGCGGGACAUGAGGGCUGGGUGUAUGGAGUACAGUGGGAUGUGUUCAGUGAGAAAGAUAAUAAACAACCCCUACAUCGCAUCCUAUCAUCAUCGUUAGAUAAAACAAUUAUCCUCUGGGAGCCAGAACUCGGGGGAGCGUGGGUGGAGAAGAUAAGAGUGGGAGAAGUGGGGGGAAAUGGGUUGGGCUUCUAUGGGAGCCGGUUUGGGCCGACUGGCUUCUUGGGACACGGGUACAAUGGAUCAUUGCACCUUUGGACAUUGGAUAAAGAAUUACAAACAUGCGUGCCGAGCGUAGUGCUGGGCGGGCAUUUCGGCGCAGUGGAGGAUAUGAAGUGGGAGCCGAAGGGGAGGUACGUCCUCAGCGUCUCCCUCGACCAGACCGCCAGGAUACACGCGCCCUGGAAGAAGAAUAUGUAUGGUGCAUACCAAUGGCACGAGAUAGCCCGUCCCCAAGUGCACGGGUAUGACAUGUGCUCCGUAUCCAUGAUCUCUCCCACGGAGUACGCGUCAGCUGCUGAAGAGAAGGUGGUCCGAGUGUUUAAAGCACCCGCCAACUUCAUACAGAACUUCCAGAAUAUCACCGGCGAAGAGCUGGAGGGGGAUACACAAGGACCUGAAGGUGCGUCGGUUCCUUCCCUGGGGCUUUCCAACAAAGCUGUGUUUAGCGGAGACGAUAUGGCAGACGCUGAUGCUGAUAAGGAUGGCUAUUUCGUGCCUAUGGAAAUGCAUGAACCGCCAACAGAAGAGACCCUCAUGCAGAACACUCUCUGGCCAGAAGCGAACAAACUCUACGGCCACGGUUAUGAAGUGUACUGCGUUGAAGCGAGCCCCGAUGGUCAGUUACUGGCCACCGCUUGUAAGGCAACUACUGUUGAACAUGCUUCUGUGCUUAUAUGGGACACCAAAACUUGGAACCAAACCCACAAGCUAGUAUCCCAUCAGCUCACGGUCACACAAAUCGCGUUUUCGCCUAACUCCAAGUUUGUGGUCACCGUCUCGAGAGAUAGAAAGUGGACUCUAUACCAACGGGACAUAGAGACAAAUUCGAUUGAAGCAGUGGCUGGUACUGAUAAGUCUAAUGGAGUACAUACGAGGAUUAUUUGGUGUUGCGCUUGGUUCUAUGAUGGUACUGGGUUCGCGACUGGGUCUAGGGAUGGAAAGGUGUGUCUCUGGUCCAAAACCGACACACAGACGGACACAUCGCUAAGGAACUACGCUCUAGUGUCAAAACUGGAACUCCAAUCAUCUGUAACUGCGUUGGCUUUUGGUCCGUUGCCAGGGGUUUUCGCCGCUAUUGGGCUGGAGACAGGGGUCAUUUUGCUGUACACGUUCAAGGAUACGUGGUCUCUGCUGCUUGAAAUGGAUAGGAAUGCAGCCCAUCACCUCGCGGUAAAGCGUUUAGCCUUCAAGCCGAAACUGGACAAGGACAGAAAACACGAACUGAUCCUGGCCUCUUGCGGCGCGGAUAACUUCGUGAGAGUCAACAGCAUCAUAGCGAAGACCGUAUAACGGAACAUCACAGUGGAAGUCUUGAAGAUCGUGUGUCGCUGCUAGGAUGACGUUUUAGUAGCAUUUGUAACAAGUUUUAAAGAAUUACUUACUUUUGCCCAAGAAUUUUAAGUCUAAGGGCGGCCGUACACGGACUGCUCGAGCGGUCGGUUGUUGACUGCUCGAGCUGUCUGCUGAACUGCUUGAAGCGGUCCGUAUACGGCCGCCCUAAACCACUUUUAACUCU